AUGUCAAGCAAACCGUUCCGUGGUUACCAUGUCACCCGCCGUUUGCUUAGCGUACCUCCUGAUCGUUGGGGUCCCACCUCCCGCUCUAAUCAAGAAUUUCACGUCAACAACGACGAGGUCAAGCUUGAAAAGGGUAGAGCCGAUCUGUUGAAAAUUGAUUGGGGCCGUGUUGGAUUCAGCAACGAAAGAAUGCCGGCUCUCCGACGCAAGAUUUACCGUCAGGGUACUGAGCAAUUGGUAGGACGCUCUAUAGCUCCAUUUAGAGGAAAAGUGGUGGAAAGAAACAUCCGCCAGAUUGAAUGGGCGGUGGAUAAUUUUAUUGUCUUACAAGACAUGAAGUUUGACAAGAAACAGAUCCGAACCUGA